AUGCAGCAGCGGCCAAGCUACAAUCGUGGCCCAUCUACGAGCUCUACGCCAGCCAGUGUUACACCCACGGUCCUCGACGUCAAGCCUGCGCCGAAACCGAUGCAUGUGAAGAAGGUGACGCUGACGAGUAAGAAGAAUUGGUGGAUGGUGGAGAUGGACGAGGAAGAUGAGCCGCCAGAUGUGACGAUGUCUUCCAACUUUUCUUCCUCUGAAGAGACUGCCGUGGACAAUCUCGAUGUGCUUUACAACUACGACCACCACCCAUCUGACGUGCAUUCAGAGUCGAAAGUAAGGACACAGACGCCUGCUACCACCCAGCCGAUCUACACACGCAACCCGCAUUCGUUGUUCUCUUUCCCCACGCCAAUCGCGUAUACCGCACCAAAAGGCCCGUCCAAUCCAACUGCCAGCCUGUCGCCCUGUGCCCAUGGCUCUGCUUCUGAGCUUUUCAAGUGCAUAGUGAAGAAGCCCGAUGUCGUCCAACUCGAAAUCAACGGCGAGAUGCAGUCGAACGCGUCAGACGUGACGGUCCAGUUCCUUGCAGAACUCCGUGUUUACACUUCCCUUGCCAGGCAUCGCAAUGUCUGCGCUUUCCUGGGCAGUCUGGAGAACGUAGGCAUGGUGCUGGAGUAUAUCGAUGGAAGGACUCUUUACGACGUUGUCAUCGCCCGGCCCCCAUUGACUCCACCCAAAAAACGCGACUACCACAACCAGCUCCUCGAUGGAUUGACACAUCUGCACUCAUACGGGCUUUCUCAUGGUGACUUGUCGCUGCUCAACAUCCAAGUCACCACUGUUGGCGACACCGUCAAGCUUCUUGACUUUGGCCGCUCUGUGUCUGCCUCCUCCACACUUAUAUCCCCGCAUGGCCCACCCGUUGACCCAUUCGCCCCACGUGCCUUUUCUGCGGUCGAAAUCGAGACAAUCCACCCCGGGACCCGGCCAUUCUCUGCGCCAGAAGUCCUCCGCGGCGAGUGUGUCGACGCCCGGCUGGCCGAUGCCUACAGCUUUGGCAUGAUCCUUGUCUGUCUCGACCGCUGCGAGAGCGUCGACGUCAAGCCAUGGGACCAGCGCAAAGACAAGCUGCCCUCUGACCUGUUUGACGGGUGUGAAGUGUUUGAGGAGCGCGCGAGGGAGUACCUCAGGAAGUGGGAUGCGGGAAGGCGGCGGUUAAAGAAGGAGGACAUGAUGGUUGUAGGGACCUAA